GAGCAAGAAAAUGACUAAAAAAUUAUAAUUGAAAAUUGACCGUGACUCUUCAAAUAAAAAUAGAGAAUUAUUUCUUAAAACCCUUUUGUUAAAAAAAAAAAGGAAGAGCCGUGACACAGUCCACGGUUCCAGGAAUUUUGAAAAGUAGUAUCGAAUCGAUUUGGGGAGAAGAUCGGAAAAAAUGGGAGACGAAGAGGCGAAAAAGAAUGAGGCCUUGCGGAUCAUCGCUCAGUACACACCACUUCCUCGUUUGGUCGUCUUCGAUCUCGAUUACACUCUUUGGCCCCUUUACUGUGAGUUCUACGACGACGAUGACAAGCCUCGUUUGUAUGCAGAAUCUUCCUCCGUAUUGAAUGCUCUCAAGGAAAAGGGAAUCGACCUCGCCGUUGCUUCUAGAACACCCACUCCUAAAGUCGCUUCUGCAUUUCUUAAAACAUUGGCCAUUGACUCCAUCUUUCUCGCAAAGGAGAUUUACCCGAGUUCUACUCACAAGACAAAACAUUUCCAGGAAAUUCAUAAUAAGACUGGCGUACCCUUUUCUUCAAUGCUGUUUUUUGAUGAUGAGGACAGGAAUAUUCGAGCGGUAUCGAAAAUGGGUGUGACAUGCAUUUUGGUUGAGAAUGGGGUGAACCUUGGAGCUUUGAGGCAAGGUUUGAUGGAAUUUUCUCAGAAGUCGGGUUAAAUCUCACACAAUUAUCAAUUUAUAUACUGAAGGAUCAUUGUGAUCAUCAUUCUUUCGAAAAAAAUUAUAGUAUAUGUAUCUGGUACACUUUAAGCAAUGUGAUAUCCAUGUAUGUAUUAAUGCAUCUUGUAAAAUCUAGUUUGUCUCAGUUGUGAAGUGAGAAGGGGUAUGAUUUCUACUCUUA